AAAUGUGGGGGCAAAAAACCAUAAAGCUUAUCAACAACAAGAUCUGACAUAUCAGUUUACAGUUAAGUUUCCGGUUUAAGGCUUAGCAUCUUUUACGUCAGAAUAUUGAAACGAGGACAGUAGUGCCUUGAUGCAGCUCUAAAAUUUCACAUGUAUUUCGCAAUAAUGCCUGGAGGUCCAUAACACGAUCAAACAUGUCGUCCAGACGCACAAGUCUAAAGUCCCCAAUACGCAUUUCAUAAUAGUAGUCGUAUCGCGCCAAGAAGUUUAUACUGAUUCGUCAUUUGUUUUCUCAUGUGGCAUCAGUUAGUGGCAGAAAAAUGGAGCAGUGUGACCAGGAUACAAUAUUACGCUCAUUGGUAGACUUGACAAAGCUGCUAGAUUUGAACCCCAGAUUCCUCUCUCUUCUGCAGCAAAAAUAUCGGGUUUUCUCACAACAGAUGGUUGAGGAUAUUUUGAAAAAUGAAACUCCUGCAUUAGAGUUGUGUUUCAUGCUUGUCAAAAGAGGCCCUAAUGCCUACAGUAAUUUUGUGGGUGCCUUAAGAGAGACAAAUCAGUUUGAAGUGUUAUCUGUCUUGGAAGUUACCCGUUCCAAUUUGAACCAGCCUGCCCACCAGUUUAUUCAUUCCAGGGAAACAAAUGCUAUUCCCAUAAGAAGGAGAAAUCAAAGUGGGGAAAGCAGAGAAAUCAGCAAUGGAGACUUCAGUUUGCCAAAUUUGCUCUACUCAUCAUCGUCACCACAGUGUGAUGAAUACAGGAGAAGAGUACUUCAGCCUCCGAAUUACAUCGAAGUGGAUCCUUUUCAACCCGUUCCACGCGAACGCAGCAGUUCGUUCCGAGGUUCCCCUGUGACAGAUGCUUUACCACCUGAUUAUAACCUGCUCGAUAUUCGCGUGACGAUCGGAGACGAAAUUAAAGGCCUUGGACAGGAUAUCUAUCCAAAUCGAAACAUAUUCCCCAGGGGUCUAGCUUUGAUUAUGAACUUCGAAAAAUUCAGCAGCGACAUUGUUGGUCGCCGCGUUGGGUCGGAGAAGGAUGUCAUCCAUCUUGACCAAUUGCUACAGCAACUUGGCUACAGAGUCAUUAUCAAAUCUGAUUUGACUUGGAUCGAAACUAAUGACGAGCUGGAAUUGUUCACGAAAAGCGAAGACCACACUGAUGCGGACUCUGUGGUCGUGGCUGUCAUGAGCCACGGGAAAAGUGGAACUCACGACGAAGGAACUCUUAUAUACACGAAAGAUUGUAAAUUCUUCUCAUCCGAAGACCUGCUCCGUCGCUUCAAUAAUUUAAAUUGUCCAUUGCUCAAAGGCAAACCGAAGAUUUUCUUCUUUCAAUUUUGCCGAGGUGAUAACAUCGACAUUGGCCAUCGAAUUGCUCCUGUAGCUUUCCAGUCUGGGCGAACGGUUACCGACGGUAAUCCCGUUCCAACGUCCCCAACAGAAAUCGAGAGGUCUUACGGUGAUAUGCUCAUUACAUAUUCCACACUUCCAGGUUACGUUUCCUAUCGUGAGGAAAGCGAGGGUACUUGGUUUAUUAAAGCCCUGAGUUUAACAUUCAUGAGAGAUGCUCAUGAAUGCCACGUCGAUCGUCUGCUGCAAAUAGUUGAUGAGCAGAUUCGUCAUUGGACUGGAACAAAAAAUGGGAAGCAAACCUUGGAGAUCAUCAAGAGGGGUUUCAACCGUAAAUUCUACUUCAAUCCUGGGCUCUGGAAGAUCCAGUGAUCUCUGUUAAAGCUCUCAAGUAAAAUAUUUUCAACCGUUUAUCAAUGAAUUAAUUGUGGUAUUAUUAGUACUUAUUUGGCCUUCCAUUUCAACCAAGCAAUUUAUUGGAAUUUGCAAUCAAGUGUCUUUCACAGUGCACCUUACACAAUCCUUUAAAGAUUUUCUUAUCUUCACUUCUACAAUUUCAUGUGAGUUUCUGUGAAUUUAGUUAUGCUCAACUUUGUUUCGGAAUGAACUUUGUCUCUAUCAGCAAUGAAGAGAAUGUUGCUGUUCCCGUGACUUUGGUAUACUUUCUGCAGAAAAGAUUGAUAUGUUUAGUUAUUA